AUGGGGAUCCAGCAGUCCUCUCCAGGCAGCACGGUCUGUGGCGACGCGGGCGUGGAAGUCACCGAGGACAAUCAACUUAUCCGCUUUCGGUACAAUCGCCAGGAGGGCGUGUAGGUCCUCAUAGAUGCUGUCCCCUGCAGUGUCAGGGCUGGUCAUCGGGGGGAACGUAAACGCCGACGAUGGUUUCUAAUUUGCCUCCCUGGAGAGGCAGGCGGGGACUCAUCAGGCGAUCAUUGAUACCCUGUGGCAGUCGGGGUAGUCGUCCCACGAUGUUAUUCUGGAUGACGAAGGCGACGCCCGAAUCGCGUCGCUGAGCCCUGGGACGACCGCUCCAGAAGAAGGUGUUUCCAGCAACCCCCUCCUCCAGUUGACCUUGUCCAGAGAACCCGGUCCCACUGAGUACAGCGAUGUCCAUCUUAUUGUGAGCCAGCUCCCGAGUCACUAGCGCCGUCCUCCGUACCGGUCGGUUGCUCCUCGUAUUGUGUAAAAGGUAACAAACAUUCCGGGUUUUCGGAGUGAGCGGACUCACCCUACCAGUCUGGUGAUUUGGUCGGCGGGGCGGGGGUGAGAGAGUGUUGCUUUGACCGUGAGUUUUCCGUCCGAGGCUACGGUCAGCCUGCAGACGGCGGGUGUUUUCGGCGUUUUCAAGCCCCUUCUGUCUCGCGGGGAUGAACAAUCCUCUCCAUAAAUAGGGCUGCUCAGCUGUCGAACUCCACUAAUGGCUACGACUUUUGUUCAGAGGAAGAGCGACCCGAGUUCGCCUGGGGCUGCCUACGACAUUGCCGUAGGACUUGAAGGGGGCGGAGGGCUGAUGGGUGAAGUGUAGAGAGACGGGAUGCAGAGCUUUCGCGUCUUUCUUUGAGCUAACCGGCUGCGGAAAUAUAAACGGUGAGCAGACAAAUUCAAAAGAACAGCAUUUAAUUGACAAUAAAGACAAAUACAAGCAACCAGACAAAGAAUAAAGGCAACAGAGAAAAUUCAACAGAACAGAAUUUUUACCUUCAAAAAGGUCAAAUACAUGCAAGCGGAUAAAACGUGAUCCAGCGGAGCAAUGUUCCGAUGCUUGUGGCCUCCCGCGGUGUUGCAGACUAGGCCUCGCCUCGAAGACACCGAGGCGGUGAUCCCUCUAACCAGCGGAGCCGAGUUCACCAUGUACGUCGAUGCACACACGGAUACCCUCGCCGGUCCAGGCGGUUACCGGAAUGUGGCCGCUAGACAGAGCCUAGCUUCGGGGAGCCACAUUUGAGAGUUGGGCGCCAGUUAAUGAACGCCAGACGUUGUCAAAAUAUGCAAACAAGUGAGCGAUCUACUGAGAUCGUCAAUUCGACCCACAACCGUACACCCCUACACCCCAAGCACACGCACACGACAGUUCGACCGUCGUUGCCGACGAUGUUCGCCGCGUGUUCUACAGCAUGGCGAGUGCAAGGACGGUGAUUACGCGGAUUUUCUGAAAGGAAACGAACACUCCAGGUCGUCAGAUACGAUACAAACUCGGAUUACAUGUGGGGUGGGUCAGGAAAGAUGAGGACUUGGCCAGCGCGGAAAUGCGUGAUCCCUACAUUCGUUUGAUGCACCCUUUCCAAGCCCUUUCCCACGAGAUGUUAGGCAACGUUAACCCCAAAUAUGGCUGUUUAGACAUCUAAGACCACUGGCAAACUCCACUGUGUAUCACGGUUUUGUUUAUUGGUGGGCGACCCGCUAUAGCCUGGGCUGCCUAUGGGAUUCCAUAUUGACCUCUCUGUGGGACCUUAGGGAAUUGUGGUAGAGGUAGUGAGGGAUGGGAAAUGGGCAGAAUUACUGCACAUCCUCAUCUGGUUAAGCCCGCCUGUUUAGACGUUUGUAUACGUGUGGCCGCUAGACAGAGCCUUGCAUUGUAAGCCCACAGAUGAGAAUUUUGUGCUAGCUUAUUAUCGUGCGGAGCGGCCUCGGCCUGCGUUAUACGACCUACUAGUAGUUACCGAAAUGCCUCUCAUAUCAUAUGGGUAUUGCAGGAAUACAUAAAGUCCCCAACUACUUUGGUUACACCAUGACGGUUUUAUGUUUCACUGUUCUCCUACGUACAGUAUCUGUAACCUGUGAAAUAGUAAGUUCAAAACGUGUGCUAGUUCUUUAUUUUUUUCGAACCAACUUUUCGUUGCGUGCUGUCAACCCCUGCAACGCCUUACGUGAAAAAAAAUACUCUGGGUACCGGAGGAUGAUUUUAUGAUUAACAUACGUAUGUCAAGUAGAACAUAGGGUAUACCUUGUUGGAAUAUUCUGACGCAGUGUUUAACGCCGUCCACACCUUAAGUUUGUGGUCUGGCUUGUUAGACACAGCAAGUUUAGUAAAAACUGGAUUCCUGUCUUACAUGUGUCUUUUCAUAUCAUCUUUAAUCAGAAAAUAUUGUUUACAUUUAAGUUACAUCAUAUUUAUUCCGUUUCUUUGUUUCUAUUCCGUUUUCCUUACUGUUUGCUCUUACGUCCCUUCUUCAUAAUUUCAGAUGUUUUCGUUUUUUGCACAUAUCUAUUUCCCCUGCUAACUGUAUGUAGCUUCAUCCAACACCCGCUGUUCGACUUGUGUAGCCUUUUGAGUUAUCUGUUUUGCAUCGCUUCCGAUGAUGUCCACCGGGAGCUCCAAAACAUGGUGAAGCAGGGUUGGUGAAUUGUGCGUGAAUUAGUCUAUUGUGAAAGCGGACUUGCACAGCGUCUAACGUACCCUCUUUUCCCCACUCCUCACCCGGACCUGGUGUCAAGACAGAGUCCGGAAGACCGAAGGCGGGAUGAGGUCGCAAGUGGCUGGCACGGCCGGACCCGUACUUAGGCGUGCCACCACGCCCCUGGUCCAAAACACACACCUGACACCUGGUUCCCUGUUGCGAAAUUAGCUGCUAUGAUCCGAAACCACACAUUACGUUUCAGGAAGUCUUUGUCGAGAGCGUUUCUCAGUCGGCAAGGACGGCCGAAAUCAGGCGAGGAAUGUAAAAAAAAACAGAAUAAGCCUAUUUUUAUAAGACGUUUCCUAUGUGUCAACUGAUAGUGUCAUCUUUCGAGCCGAAAAAUUCAUGUUCAAAAUCUUACACAAAUAAGGACGAAUGGUCGAGUUUUAUAUGUACGAGUUCCGAUGAAAGAAGAAGCCCGAUAGAGCGCCGGAACCAUUUAUUUGUUUUUCUGGGCUUCUGAACUCGUGCAGGAGCCCAAAAUCAAAGAUGCUAGUAACAACAGAACAAGCGGCAGUUAUAGGGGAUAUUAGCCAAUCUGCAAACGGUGACCCAGAAAAAGAGGUGACUGUGAAGGGACCUGAGCUCCAGCGCAGGACCCAUACAUUAAUUAGCUGUGAUCUCAGUCGGGACACAGACUUCAAACAAAUCUUGGCUUAUCUAGCCUUCAUGUUAAAUAAUAUUUUGUCCACUGCGAAAUUUAAGUCGUGAUCCGUUUCGAAGAAGUCGGUAGUCACUUGCGAUAAUUUAUAGCGCCGACGUUCAGCUAGCUUAUAUUCGCGUAUGGCAAUCUGCGUAUACAUUCAGUCUAACUUCUGCAUGUAGGUACAAUGACAGUUAAGUCACGAGAUGCGACUAACUACGCUGACGCUCCUUGGGAUUUAACAUAUUCUUGGUUUUCAUAACCCUGCUAAACAACACAACUUAAAGCCGGCGCUUAAUUCUGGCAUCCGGUCUCUCAGCAAUGCGUCUGUUCGAUUUCGAUGGUUUCCUGAUGUAGGGCAGUGCACGUCACAUCUUUGUUGGGGUUUCUGUUUGGGCCCUCCGGGAACAAAAAUAGACGCAUAGAUUUCUAAAGCUGUUCGAAUAGACAUUCCGUGUAUAUUGUUUGCGGAGACAUCGGGCUCACGUGCUUCAUCGUCCGGUUUGUAGCAGUAAAUCCAAAAUUAUUGGAAUGGCAUCCGCGCAUAUCUUAACGUUUAAGUCACCGGAUGGUUGCUUUGAAAACUGUUAAGCUGCGUGGUGUUUACUGUUUCCAUAUAAACCGUUGUCUCUAUUUCGAUUUCGAGAUAUCGCCUGAGAAGCACACCAAGACUACGACCUCGGAGGUUUACAAGGAAUUGGGAGAUUAAUCGGAAUGAGACGGUAGGCCUGCCCUAGAUGAACCUCAGUUUUGAAUUCACCUAGUUCGCCAAAUUAGAGGUAGGGUUGCCCUUUGAGGCAACGACAGUCCACAGGAGCGCAUUUGAAUAUGGAUUGUUGACAGACCGUAAAAGAGAGACAAAGCAGUACCAUUCGCCCAUAUUUAUCGACAUUUGUUCUCGAGUUUCCAUUUUUAGUCGAAGUUCUCUGAGCAGUUAAUUGGGCCGAUAUGUUUAUGCGUUCGAUUCUAAGCUCCGUACAGAUAUGUGAAAUACUGUGUCAUCAAAAGGGGACUUGGCUUUCUCGCGGUAGACUUUUCGGCAAGCUUCGAAAGAUGUCUGUUCGCUUUUUAGCAGGGAGAAGAACAAUCUUGUCGUUCGUUCCAAGUUCUUUACAACUUCUUAAUUACGAAACGUCAGUUUGGUCUCCCCACCAUAAUUUAAAAGUUAACACGUUAUCUAAUGAAGAGUUUCUUGAUGUCUGCUGCUCUAGUUCUCCGAAAAUAGCUUCGCUGGAUGCAAUGAAGGUUAACGGGUCAGCUUGUGAGGUGUCAAAACAAACUUAAUGUCUAAACGUUCCUGGUUGCUAUUCUUUUAGCUGGAGGAGACCGGGAAGCCCAAAUCGUUCACAUGAGGUAGACAAUAAAAAAGUUAUAAAAGCAUUAGUAACUGGACGGAAGAGAAAGUAACAACAGAUUACUUGAUAACAAAAAAUUUUUAAAUAACUUAUGGCAGAGUUGAUUCGUUCGAUAUAUUUUACUUGACUGAAAUUCUGGCGACACGUUAAAUAGUGGACUUCUAACUCGAAUUUGUCCGCUCGACAGGACGUUGCGCACUCACUGCGCAUUCGGAAUCUACGCUGUAAACCUUUUUACCUGUAUUCUUAAGCUAAUUGCCAAAAUCAAACAGAUGAAUGAAGUUACAAUGUCUCUUUGCUGGGUUUUGCCUUCUAAAACAUGUGUUAUCAGCUUUGUCCUAGGGCUGGGACGCACAAUUCUCACCAGUCAUCACAUAUAUAUGUGCAUAUAAGAGUAACAAGUUAAUUGACUGAAACGGUUCUGACUGAUUCAUAAAUUUUGAGGACUCUGCGAGCGAGCCAAGACAUACGGCUAGCCCCUGAUAGCAUUGUACUCGCCCAGGGCUUGCCUGGUCGUGGGCUAGUGUUGCGAUUGACUGAAUUUUUCAGCAAUCCUAGCGGGCGCUGUCCACCUGGGGACGGUAGGUUGACGCGCCUUCUCGGGCGAGCUGAGGGCGUUGUAGCCCGAGGCGACUUAAGUCGCCAGACAGGGGCCUAAAUUCCGGACAAACUGCGUGCGUGCACCCUGCACGCGUGCGUACGCGCAAAGGGACCCCCCGGGCGUGGCGUGUAAAAUGCACUCGGAUGAGCAUCAAGGAAGGGUGUAGCAGAAAAGCUACUUUCCUCGCACAGAUCGAGCACUCAGCCAGUCAGGUUACUAGCCCUGCACUAACCCGCAAGUCAAACGGGCUAGCAAAUGUGUAGCCCUGGGCGACUAAAUGCUAUCAGGGGCUCCAGGACUUGAUCAAGCCCCACUGCCAAACUCUAAAUUACCCCUGCGUCGGCAAGAAAUACCCCAGGCUAUGCUAUCAGCGGAGAGUUUCUGCUGCACACUUUACUUGCUUGCCGAACAGAGACCAUGUCUCAGAUUCGCGAAGCGCACAGUGGAGGCGGGUUGCCUCCAAUUUCAUUUGACUGAUUAGAGGUUGCAUGUGUCUGAGUUAUAAUGUACAGCUUUUAAUCCGCUGAGUUCGCUUGUCCUUUCAAUCUUGUUUUGAAGACACCGCAAGACUACACUUUCCUCGGCAUGUUAAGUGUCCAUUUUCGACUGGAAAUAACGCAGGCCGACGGUGUUGUCUAUCACUAACUCGAAAAUUUUGCUCUGCCUUCAGUUCACUCCAGUCCCCUGGCCUUUUUUGCAUCGUACUUAGUCAGUUUUAUGGACUUGCCAUAACUAGGGUGCUCUAUUUGACAUCGCAUCGUUUAGGGCUCGCGUCUUCCAUUUCGCAUGUAACAACUGUACCGGUAUAACCGGUGGAUGCUGAUGGAAGAGCCGGUCUAAGGAAGGAUAAAAAGCAGGGCGUAUAUUGUUGUCUAUGGGUCUCGAUUUCUUAUUCUGUUUUUAAACAUGCGCCAUGAAAUCUACUGGAAAUUCAUAGCAAACUUAUUGCGAGUCCGUUUUCGUUUCUCUCGCCUUCAGACUUUGCGACGACACAUGUGCAUAGGAGACAAGAACCUCCCUCCCAAACUCUUUGCGGGCAAUUCGUACGUCUUCGACUUAGUUUUUGUAUUUCAUUAGCGCAUUCGCUCUGGCAACGAUAAAAGAACGGAUGCCAGUGAUCCUAGUGCGGACCUUGGAUGACCUCAGCAGAAACCUUACGAAAUACGGCAGCCCGGAGAAAGACGUACUUUUUUAUUAUUUCCUUCCUUUUACGAUUAGUUUGAGGAUGCAAAAUUGGUUAUCCAUCGUCUUUCAAAGCUUCGCUACGAACUUGUGACUGAUAAACCGUUCGCUGCACUUUUCAGUGAAUCGACAUCCACUGAUAUUGACCAGUGGAAUGCGGAAAUUUCUCAGUAUUUUUUAUUCUAACAUAUGUGGCUCCUAGUCUUCAGGAGGGCCAAAAUUCCGCAUUCUCGGCAUCCUGGCUCUUUACUGAGUGCUACAUGUACAGACGAAUUAUGAAUAUAGUUUCUCAAAGGUAAAUUUUUCAUUCACUGUGCAACCCCCUCUGUGCCAGUUUGCCAUCAUUCGACCCCUUUGCAGAGCGCAAGUUAGAAGCUUUUCAAAACAGCCGUAGGCUCAUUGCGUCGAUGAUUGCCUGUCUUGAUCAAACACUUACCAGCGCAGACCAGGAGCAACCAGCGGACCAUCUUAAAUUCUUCCUAGCAGUAUGUCCUCUGCCAUACAUUCCAACUUUUCUUGAUUACUGACUCCUUACCGGUAGGAUAUCGUCUAUGCAUGCGUUUUGGUACCUGUUCAGAGUUUUAGAUGCAGUAGACAAACCAGAACGUUUGUUUUUACGGUUUUGCGCCCUUCGUAUUCGAUGACGUUGUUCAUUUCUCUACUGGAUAAAUUGCUCUAAGCCCUAAAGUUUGGCUCGUUUUGAAACUAUUAAUGUCGCUAUCGUAUAAACGGCAUUCCUUCCUAAAUUGUAGAGGCUACGGACGUCAGUGGAUGCAUCCACGUCCGAAUAGGGCAGGGUGCCAUUAAACUGUUCUUGGCUUUUGGAAAAGCGCUAUCCGACCAUGUGAAAAAUCCUAGAAACGGAAGCAUCCAGACAGUAGUUUACUCGAACUGCGAUAAGUAAAUGCUGGUGCUACCCAAACGUUGCAUCUCUUGUGAUAAAAACGUAAUUGGAUCUCUCGGAGAAACCACGCGGAUCCCAGCCUGACCGUUGAUGCACCAAUGGGAUUUAUGCCACUGUUAAGUCCUAAUAUCGUCAGUGCCGUUGACUGUCGGCAGUUUUGACUUUCACUUGAUAAUUUACUUGUUUUCCUGAACGGUCUCUUCUGACUUUGUAAUCGUUGCAUCUCUCUCGAAACUGUUUCGAAUACUCGUCUGCCGUAAUGUUUGCUAGGGGUGCCCGAAUGUCGCAUAUACCUUCGCCCCAUCUAGAAAUAGUAUUUCUCAGUGCGGCGACUGAAGCCGAAAUCGACGACAAUACUGACAGUAUGCAUGUGAUACUUGCUAGCAUAAUUACCUCUGCAGGAGUCUAUGUAAAGUUUACUUUGUUCCUUGAGAGUUCGAAAUGUUUUCUGAAAUCCAGUCCAAGCUAGCAUUGCUAGUCGACAAUAAAGCAAGUAGAAAACUUCGUUACUCAGGUGGGGUGGACGGUUGCACGCUAAGGGGGGUCCACGUAUUGGCAUUCACUCAUUUAUUCGUCGCUGCAUGAUUCGACGAGUUUCACUGUAAGGUAGCAAGAUAGCUCCCUUCUUCUAGGCAGGCUGUUUGACGACUAGCAUAUCUGAAGUGUUUGGUUUUCUAACUCUCUUCUCCACUGAACACGAAGUCAACCUUAUCGUUGUAUGCAGCUCAUCAAUCACCUUAGUCAUACUCUGCAUUGAUAUUGCUCCACGCACGUUAGUGUUCCCUCUGGUCAAAUGAGUUCGAUCUAUCGCUCAGCGCUGGUGAUACCCAAGUUGAGAACCCACACGGUAGUGUCAAUCAUCUGCGGGAGGAAGUACUGUCCAAGCUCCGCAGUAGUAUGGCUGUCGACGAACUAGAUGCCAUUGCACGGUCCUGGCCUUCUGAGCAGCCUGCCACUGUUGCCGUCGUGAUGGAUAAUGCAGGCCCGGAGAUGGUAGCGGACCUGGUCUUGGCGGAGUAUCUCCUAAGUUCCCACUUGGCUGAACGAGUCGUCUUCUACCCCAAGUCGCUGCCGUGGUUUGUUUCUGAUGUAACGCCAAAAGAUCUUGACUGGCUUCUCGGGGAAGGUCUCCCCUCUAUGGUCAGUAUCAAUGAAAUAGAGCCCGAAGUCCGUGAAAGCAUUUCAAGCUGGGCGAAAAAGUGGCGUCUCCGAUUUGACAGUGGAUCCUUCUCUACCAUCGUGCAUCCCUUCUGGACCCUCCCUCUGGGCUAUAACUAUCUGCAGUCAACAGCGCCCGACCUGUUUAGGAGUCUGACCAAGGAAUCAUCUGUUACAAUAUUCAAGGUAAGCCGUUGUUCUUCUCACAUUGUUCAUACCUGUUUGUCUUUAAGUCUGCCAGUAAAUUGAGUUUUCCAGAGAGCAAGCAGACUGUGAUUAGCUAGGUUCUGUAGAAACAAACGAUUUUUGGAUACUCUAAGCACUGAAAAUCCUUCAAACUCCUAACAGCACAAGACAUGCAGUCCACUCUGUGCUCUUCACUCCCCACUGCGUACAGGGCGAUUUGCAUUAUCGAAAGCUACUGGAAGAUCGGAGCUGGGCUGCAAACUCCGAGGACACGAAGUUCAUUUUUGGUAGAUGCUUCCCACCCGCCUCGGAUGCCAGUCGUGACUCCUGUGCCCUCAUAUUGGCUCUGCGAGUUGCGAAGUCUGACGUUGCUGUGGGCGUUUCGGAGGACCGCCUUUCAGAACUCUGUACGGAAGACCCCGAUUGGUGGACCAAGGGGAGGUACGGUUUCGCGCAAAUCAUAAGCACUGCAUGAUUUACCACUUCAGCCAUGCUUCCAUUUUUUACCCAAGAAAUCACUACGAACCACCCACGUGACGAUAAGGUUGAGACAAUCUUCAAGCGCCGUGCGCACUUCCAGGACUUUAUGUAACGCAAAAGGAAUAAAAGCCCAUCGCGCGACUUUACUUCAUCCUUUUGCUAAAGGGCCGUUCUGUUCCAGAAGACUGUUGACUAACAUACCAUCACCGUUGGGUUGAAUGUGCGACUUUAUGGCUUUACAGUUGACGGCGACUAAAAUAUGCAUAGGAAGUGAUUCCAUCGAGGCAUAAACAUCACAUUUUUUCGAGUCGAAGUUUAUUUUCCUCCUAUGACGAACGAAAUGUUCCUGAGAUAGUUGUCUGCCCCUACUACCCCGAAAUGUGUAUUCUGCUAAGUGGGCUAAGGUUUAUACGAGCAAUUUGCGCACAGCCUUUGUUAGAUGCCAUUGACACGUCUCAAGCUGCAUUCCUGACCAGGAGAAGGCACCCCUGGGGAUUGAUGGCUGUCAACUUGAAGAAGUGGACAGUUUUAAAUACCUCGGGGCGCGGCUGCUGCCUAAUGGACAGAGUAAGGACGACAUUGUCUCCCGAAUCGAUGCUGCCCGCUGGGUUUUUUCAAGCCUUCGGAAAUGCCUGUGGAACCGACGUGACCUCUCCAUCGCCACCAAGAUUCGCGUGUACCGUGCAUCUGUCCGGUCUGUCCUUCUCUACGGUUGUGAAUGCUGGGCUUUGCGUGUGGCGGAUGAGCGAAAACUGGAGGUAUUUGACCACCACUGCUUGAGGAUCAUCCUUCGAGUGAAGUUAACCGACUUCGUCUCAAAUGAGAUAGUCCGCGCUCGCUGCGACAACAUCGCGAGGAUAACUCAGGCCAUCCAAGAAAGACGACUGAGGUGGUUCGGGCAUGUUCUUCGUCGUCCACCUCAGGAGCUCAGUGUUACUGCCCUCGAUCCGGCACCGUUGCCCAAUUGGAGGCGUCGAAGAGGGGGUCAGUUCAAAACCUGGCUCGACACUGUCCGUCAAGACAUGGAGGUGGUUCUUGGACCUUCGGUAUUCGGUCUCCGUCGUUGGCGAAGGGAAUGGGUUGAACUGUCUAGAUCUGCGGCCGCGGAUCGUCACGCGUGGAGAGGUACAAUCCGGGACAUCAUCGAGGCCGGCUAG